CUAAAAAGAAUGCAAUGGAUUCCAAGGUGAGAAUUCUGUUGUUUAGCAGACAAGAAGGGCUGGGAAAGAAGAAUCUAACAAGACUAUCUUAUUGGCAAGGCCUGGAUGACCGAGUAUAAUGAGGUAUUUAAGUAAUCUAGCUUUUGCUCUACUUCUUCUGGCCACUCUGACAAAGACUAUUGUCAGUGAUGUUGAGAAACCAGUAUCUCGUACUGUCAUCUCAAGCUCUCCUAGAUUCAUCAUCAAGCUAUCUGAUGACAACCUUCUCUGUGUGGCCAUUGAUGGCUUUGAGCUGUUCACCUUCAAUCUCAUCACCUCCAGCUAUAUUGUCGUGAACGGGUUCCUCAACUUGACAAAAACAAGCCACCAAAUCGAUCCCAGCCUCUAUACCAACUCAACGGAAACUACCCCAGUAUAUUUUCGCGGCUUUACUGAUUUAGGAGUGCUCGUAAAGGCAGUCGAUACGAGAUGGAAAGGCGGGAAGAGAGUAUUUAAGCAUAGCGUAAAUGGAGGCAAGAUGAAAGCCACACUAGACGGUUUCGGAGAGAUGGAUAUUCGGAAAGGGUCCCUUCUUUUCGGUAUUGAUAAGGGUCACUCGAAUAUUGAGAGUGAAGCUGCGAAACAUGAGACGUUCAAGGUUGUAAUGGACAGGCCGACGUUGGAGCUCACUGCUGUGUCAGGGAAUGAGCACACUUUCAAUGUGUACGUGGAGAAGUCCAGUGGCCUACGCUCUAUUGGCAUACACGGGCUAAUUGGUCAGUUCUACUCUCCCAGUGUGCGCCUCAACACUGCUAAGAAGGAGCUAACUCGAGCAGAUGGAAAGAGAAUCCCACUAAUAGAGGGGCCACUCUGGGACACCGUUGAGGAUGACAUGUUUGCCGGACGUCAGUGCUGGUACCCGGAGGAGGGGCACAGUGCUAUAGAGGGGGAACCAUGGGAGUACGUUGUGGAACAUUUACUGGCCACAUCUUUCAAACGAACAAUGUACAAACAGCAUUAAUAAAUGUACAGCGUUAAGCGCAUGCGUACAUAAUUAUAUUAUAAUCAUGUCUGUGUAUGUUAUAUGCAUGUCACCCAUUGCAAAUACACAAUUAUGCAUUUUGG